CGGAGGUAGUGGGCGACGGACACCGCCUUCCCAAGGGGCAGCCCACGCGUCCCUCGGGUUCCCGCACCUCCACUGAUAAUCCCAUCCCAGCCUGGGCGUGAGCGUCCCUCUGGGCGUCUUCCUGCGGCGGGGGUGGUCUCCCUUCGUUCCCGAGGCUGCAGGAUGGUGUCCUGGAUGAUCUGUCGCCUGGUGGUGCUGGUGUUUGGGAUGCUGUACCCAGCUUAUGCUUCCUACAAGGCUGUGAAGACCAAGAACAUUCGUGAAUAUGUCCGGUGGAUGAUGUACUGGAUCGUCUUUGCACUCUUUAUGGCACUGGAGACCUUCACAGACAUCUUUAUUUCCUGGUUCCCUUUCUACUACGAGAUCAAGAUGGCCUUCGUGCUGUGGCUGCUUUCGCCCUACACCAAGGGGGCCAGCCUGCUUUACCGCAAGUUUGUCCACCCGUCCUUGUCUCGCCAUGAGAAGGAGAUCGACACCUACAUCGUGCAGGCCAAGGAGCGCAGCUACGAGACGGUGCUCAGCUUUGGGAAGCGGGGCCUCAACAUUGCCGCUUCGGCCGCUGUGCAGGCUGCCACCAAGAGUCAGGGUGCGCUGGCUGGAAGGCUGCGGAGCUUCUCCAUGCAGGACCUGCGCUCCAUCCCCGAUGCCCCUGCCCCUACCUACCAGGAUCCCCUCUACCUGGAGGACCAGGUACCCCGUCGCAGGCCACCCAUCGGGUACCGGGCAGGGGGCCUGCGGGACAGCGACACUGAGGAUGAGUGUUGGUCAGAUACAGAAGCAGUCCCCCAGCCGCCAGCCCGGCCCCGAGAGAAGCCUCUGAGCCGCAGCCAGAGCCUGCGUGUGUUCAAGAGGAAGCCUCUGGUGCGGGAGGGCACCUCACGCUCCCUGAAGGUUCGGACAAGGAAAAAGACCGCGCCCUCAGAUGUGGACAGCUAGGGUCUGGGAGCCUGGCCCGGUCUUACCUCGUGCCCUGCAGGGCGUUGGGGACUGUUUGGAGGAGACCCCUGGCGGCACGCCUGUCCUGGCUGCACCGGCUGCCCGGGUGUGGCCUUCCUGGCUCUUGGCUGUCGGUGACGGGCCCAGGGGCAGGUGCUGCUGGGGCCCUGUGCGGGCUGCACCCGUGAUGUACCAAAGAAGGCUGGGCCCAGGGUUCUAUUUAUUACCUUCCUCGCCCCUCUCCCUUCCCAGGUGUGGGACCAGAGCCCUCCCCAGACCCCUGAAAAAUGAAACCAAAAGCCCACCCAGCUGUGUUCAUUCCUUCCUGUUCUUCAAAGUACUUGACAGCCUUCUCCAA